UGUUGCGCGUGCAUAAUCGACCCUCCCCCUCCACGGCAAGCGGCAGCUCUCAAGACCCCUCGAGCUCAAGAGCUGCAACCGAGUCGACCUCGAACUCGAACUCGUCGAGCUCACCUGAACGUGAUCGAGCCAAGCUCGAGCCUCUUUUAUUCGGGCUCGGCUAAGGUCGAUUUACAUCCCUUGUCCUGUCCCUACUGCAGGCAGGCAGGCAGAUUCAUCCAACCCUAAUAAUUGGCUCCACCAAACCCCCCCGAUUGCCACUCGAGUUGAGAAACUCGGCGAAGCCCAUCGCAUUCGCAGCUGUGCAUGGGGGAAAGAUCAAGGACGAGGCGUUCACGGCCGACGGAUUCAGAAUCGAGCUCGGACACAGAAUCCCAGUCAUCGUCUCCGUUCGACUCUGGUGACUCGCAGCGGUCCUCCCGGAGGGGGCGCCGUCGCCAUCGGAAUGAGCGCAGCAGCUCCAGGAGGGAGAAAGAGAAGAAGGAGGAGAGGAGCAGCAGUAGGAGGAAGAAGAAGAAGAAGAAGCAGAGGGAGAGAAGAGAGAAGGAUGGCGAUCGAAGCCGGAGGAAAUCGAGAAAAGAUGAAAAGUGGAAAUCAAAGAAGAGGAGUUAUCGGUCUGACGAUGACGUUUCCUCUGAUUACAGCCACUCCGAACCUGAGAGAGCUCGGGAAAGGCCGGAAUCUGUGCUAAGAGAUAUGCUAGUGGAGUUCCCUGGCGUGGCGGAUGACUUGAAGCAGCUAUUGCAAAUGAUUGAUGCUGGACAAGCUGUUGACAUCAAGGGUAUAACUGAAACGUCUUUGGUUAAGCAUCUGAAGAAGUUGUUCGUUGCAUCGAGCCUCGAGGAGAAUGGUGGAGUUUUCUUGUUGCCUCCUGAUAGCCGCCCCGUUUUAGAGGUGGUUGGACCCUUAAUCCAUGCUCAUAUUGAGAGUAAGGAGCGAAAUCUGAAGCAUUCUGAACCAUUGAAGGAUUCACAGUUCAAGCCUGCCGAUACUGAGGGUAGACCAGCCGUAGAUGAUGAUGUCCCAGCAGCUAUGGCUCCUACCGCUGAUGCUUCAGCUCGUAGGAGGAUAAUUGGCCCAGCAAUGCCAUCAGCAGAGUUGCUUGUUGCCGCAGCUAAAUUGACUGAAGCACAUGCAGAUCUCAGGGAAGCUGAAUUGGAAGAAGAUCCUGAAUUAUUUAUAGGCCCAGCCCCACCAACUAUGGUUGCUGAAGCUGAAUCUGCAAAUGAAGCAGAGCGGUUUGAAGAGGUGACAAGGAUUAUGGGAGCUGAUGUAAAUGAUCCCUAUGAUGUUGUGGGAUCAAAUCAUAACAUGUCCACAGAUAACAUUAAGAAAAGGUACUGGAAGUUGUCUCUUUUGGUUCAUCCUGACAAAUGUUCUCAUCCGGAAGCCCACCAAGCUUUUGUUAAGCUCAAUAAAGCAUUUAAGGAGUUGCAGGACCCAGAGAAGCGGAAAGCAUUUGAUGACAAAAUAAAACUCAAGGAGGAGCAAGAGGCUUUUAAGGCUGAGUUGCGAGCAAUGCGAGAGGCUGCUCAGUGGAGGAAAUUGCAAGGUAUAUCUAUGGAGGGUGAUGAGGAGCUUUUGGCGGAAGUACAAGUAAAUGCCGCUCCAAAAAGAGAUGAAUGGAUGACAAAAUUACCUCCAGAGAGGAAGCCCGGUAUGACCAUGCACUCGACAGCAUUUAGCAAGACCUCUAAAGAAGGGCGAGGUGAUACAAGUGUAUGGACCGAUACUCCAUCAGAGAGAGCCCAGAAAGCUAAAAUGAAUUACUUGGAAGCAUACAAUGAGGCUACGGCACUUGCAUCGAAUGAGGGAGGGGAGAAGAGGAUGAGUGCGGAUGCGGAGUUGGUGGACAUGUACAAUAAAGCCAAACGGUCGAAAACAUUGGUAGAGAGGCACCAGGAAGAGUCGAUGAGCAGCGCAAAGAAGAAGAAGAAGAAGAAGUCGAGGCAGCAGGUUGCGGAGAAAGAGGAGGAAGAGGAUUGGGUGGGGAAACAUCCGUGGAAACCAUGGGACCGGGAGAAAGACUUGACGGCUGGGAGACAAAAGGUGAAUUUUGAUUCGGAGAGUAUGGCGGAAGGACUGUCGUCGAAGUUCUCUUCUGGUCACUUUCAGAGGAAUUUCCUGUAGCUCAGCUCAGUUUUGGUAGCGAAGAAUCCUGGAGCUUGAUGACUCAGCACGGAGAAUGAGAAGAGAUAAGGCCUAGUGGAGCUGCUGAUUCCUUGAAUUCACAUGUUCUAACUAGUACAGGAGCAGCUUCUUCGAGUGUUUGGGGUCUGACGGUCGUUACUACCUCUUGUUAUAUAUUAUAUUAUAUUAUAUGUUUUUUAUGAGCUUCCCUUCCUGUGCGGUGUGGCGAUGUGUGUGAUAGUGGCGGUGGUAUUUUCAUUUACUUGUUACUGACAGAGAGCGCAUCGGGUCAAGCUUUCUGAGAAUUUGUGUCCGUCGUUUGUUAGAUAGAUGGGGAGUAUGUUCCCUUGUUCGAUUGUGCCAGGGGCAGAAUACCCGACUAAAUUAUAAGGGGGAAGACCCCUAAGCAUUAUUUUAUUACAGUUAAGGUUAGAUCAA